AUGGAUUUACUGAGGAAAUCUCUUUUUCAAGAUAUUCAAAUAGAUGAAUGGGGUGAUAUAGAAUAUUGCAAAAUGCAUGAUCUUGUCCACGACAUUGCAGAAUCUGUUGUGAGGCCCAAGAGUUCUGUAGUGAAUUCGAAUGCAAAAAAUAUUACUAAAAGAACUCGUCACUUGUCAUUACAUUUGUCAUUGCCACGGGAAAUUCCAACCCACUUGUCUAGAGCUCACAAUUUACGAACAGUGAGAAUGAAGGAUGCAAGCAGGUUUGGAAUGGAUAUUGAUUCAACAUUUAAAAGGUUACGUGUGUUGGAUAUGCCGAGGGGGUGGGGGCAUAGUAAUAUAAGCAAGAUGAAACAUUUGAGGUUUCUUAGUCUUAGUACUUAUAAUAAAAGGAAGUUGCCAAGUUCUAUAACCGAGUUGAAAAAUUUGCAAACCUUAAAACUCUCCGAGUUUGAGCGGCUUAAACAAUUGCCAGAAGAGAUUAAAGAAUUGGUUAACCUUAGGCAUCUUGAGCUUCGCAGGUGUCGUGCCUUGACUGGAAUGCCGCGUGUAACAGAUGGCAAACAUCUUCCACUAUUUGGGCAACUUCCUUCUCUCCAAUUUCUGAGUCUUUGGGAUAUGGAAUCCCUGGAGUACAUGGAGGACGAGAGUAGUAGUGGGAGUGGUAGUGAGGAUUCUCUGUGCUCUUCAUCUUCAUCCAGUGGAGGAGCAGCACCAACACCAACAUUCUUCCCAUCCCUCAAAACACUUCGACUCUUGUAUUGCCCUGAAUUGAAGGGAUGGUGGAGGAGCCAAGCAGAAGAAGAAGCAACAACAACUUUACAGGACCAACAACAACAACAUUUGAAGAAGCUCCCAUCAUUUCCUUCUCUUUCCAAAUUAUGGAUCCUAAGUUGCCCUAAUCUGGCAUCAAUGCCUAUUCUGCAACCAUGUCUUGAACGACUACAUCUCUUGAACGUCAGCAAGAAGGUAGUAGAAGAAGAGUUAAGAUGA